AUGGCCAAAGAAGGCGCGGAGAAAGCGGAGGAGACGGAGCAGAUGAUCGCCAAGGAAGGCGGGCCCGAGGCGGCCCAGGGUGGUGGCGGCAGCAGCGGCGGCAGCCCUCGGGCCGCGGACACGAAGGAGAUGCGUGCAGUGCUGCUGGCCGGCUUCGGCGGGCUCAGCAAACUGAGGGUCAGCCGGAGGCCCAUGCCCGAACCCCAAGAGGCCGAGCUCAAGAUCCGCGUCAAAGCCUGUGGUUUAAACUUUAUUGAUCUGAUGGUGAGGCAAGGGAAUAUUGACAACCCGCCCAAGACACCCUUGGUACCUGGAUUUGAGUGCUCUGGGAUUGUGGAAGCCCUUGGAGACAAUGUGAAAGGCUAUGAGAUCGGGGACCGUGUCAUGGCGUUUGUGAAUUACAAUGCAUGGGCAGAGGUUGUUUGUACGCCAGUCGAGUUUGUCUACAGGAUCCCAGAUGACAUGAAUUUCCCUGAGGCUGCUGCCUUCCCCAUGAACUUUGUAACUGCCUACAUGAUGCUCUUCGAGGUUGCCAACCUGCGGGAAGGAAUGUCGGUGCUAGUGCACUCUGCAGGAGGUGGUGUGGGUCAGGCUGUUGCUCAGCUCUGCUCAACCAUCCCCAACGUUACAGUCUUUGGAACUGCUUCUUCCUUCAAGCAUGAAGCCAUCAAAGAUUCAGUCACCCACCUCUUUGACAGAAACGUUGAUUAUGUGCAAGAAGUUAAAAGAAUCUCUCCAGAAGGCGUAGAUAUUGUCUUGGAUUGUCUGUGUGGAGAAAACACAGGAAAGGGCCUCAGUCUUCUCAAACCUCUGGGAACAUAUAUUUUAUAUGGGUCAUCAAACACUGUGACAGGGGAGACCAAGAGCUUCUUCAGCUUUGCAAAAUCAUGGUGGCAGGUCGAGAAGGUCAACCCUAUCAAGCUGUAUGAAGAGAACAAAGUCAUUGCUGGAUUUUCUCUCCUCAAUCUCCUUUUCAAACAGGGCCGAGGAGGCCUGAUUAAAGGCAUAAUGGACAAACUCAUAGCCCUGUACAACGAGAAGAAGAUCAAACCUAUGGUUGACUCGUUAUGGGCCCUGGAAGAAGUGAAGGAGGCCAUGCAGAGAAUCCAUGACAGAGGCAACAUAGGAAAAUUAAUUUUGGAUGUAGAAAAGGCCCCAACUCCCUUGAUGGCCAACGACAGUACCGAGACGAGCGAGGCUGGAGAAGAGGAGGAAGACCACGAGGGAGAUAGCGACAACAAAGAGCGGAUGCCGUUCAUUCAGUAAUGGUCCCCAUGUCCAGUGAAAGGAGGGAAGAUUUGGUUGGAGGAAGGGACCUGGAUUGGGAAAUCUGUUCUGUGCGCCAGUGAACAAAUGCC